UUUGCAAAUUUUCAGUCUUGGUACAUCAUCACUUCUUUCGCAUUUGAAAAUAAUUCUCCACUCAAACUUCAUCAUCAACUUGCUCCUCUUGUUAUUUAUUCCUUUGCAAUUGUCCCCAACAAUUCUUACUUAGCUCUAACUAGCUAACACCAAUGAAGAAAGUUGUGUUGAAGGUAGAUUUUUAUAAUGAUAAAAUCAAGCAAAAAAUGAUGAAGACAGCAUCUGGCCUUUUAGGGGUUGAAUCAGUAUCAAUAGAGUUGAAAGAAAAGAAGUUAACUUUAUCAGGAGAUAUUGAUCCAGUAAAGGCAGUGUCGAAACUAAGAAAAGUGUGUCAAACAGAAAUAGUUUCAGUUGGACCUCUAGAAGAAGACAAAAAGUCAACUGAUGUAUCUACUACUCUCAACUCCUUUGAACCAUAUCCUUUCUAUUAUCAUAUGCAACCAUCAGAUUAUAUUCAAGGUUACUACUAUAUUUGAUGUGUAAAAGAAGAAGAAGAGAUUCCUAAUGGAAUACUAAACUUAUAAGAAAAAUGUAUAGUUUGAUAAAAUAUAGAAAUAUAUUUGGCGUACACUCAUAUGUAUACACCUUGAAAGAUAAAAAUAUAAAGAAAGUAGUGUGAUGAAUAUGAUAUGUAGAUAAUGAAAUAGAAAGAGACAGAUUGAGAGAAAGUAAGUUGUUGAAUAGGUGUAGAGAAAUCUAAAGUGAAUAAGUAUCAUUAUUGUAAAAUACAUUGUGGUGUUUUUGUCUGGUACUUAUUUUAAAUUUUUGGCUAUUUGUGAAAUGUAUUAUGAUGUGUUGAGUAUAAAGGCUAAUUGUAGGGUAUUUUUGUGAAAGUAACUAGAUACAUUAUCAGUGUUAAGGUGUUGUGUUGAGCAUUGCCAA